AUGCACUUCCGCCUCCUCGCUGGUACUCUGGUCUGCGCGCAGGCUCUUGCGGCCCCGAGCUGCCCUGCGCCUGGCCAGCCCGCUGGGCCCGACUCUCUCGGCACUCUUCAGACGCUCAAAUACAACUAUCUGAGCGCGGAAAAUAACGGCACUUCUGCUGUCCUGGUGCACGACCGCCUGAGCAACUCCCAGGCCAAGGAGCGUUGUGCGGCCAUCGGAGAGAGGCUGUUUCCCUUCCACACAGCCCCCGAUGCCAACCGCACCGAGCUAGUGUAUCAGCUAGACUAUCUCGUCUAUGCUGAGGAUCUUGGUCCGGACGACAAUGUGUGGGUUGGCGGCGACUGUCAGGCAUACUCUCUUCGCCAAAGACGCGCAGUUCCUGCUCCCUGCAACCGCCCACUCGCGGCUAUCUGCACCUCCAAUGUGCCCCCUACGAAGGAUAUCGAUAGAACCGUCGUGGCCUCGUCCAAGAUCACUGUCCGAUCGAACGACUACACUCUGACCGGAUACCGCGAUGCACGCUCGUUCCGCUUCCUUGGGGUCCCCUUUGCAGACCCCCCUGUUGGCCAGCUGCGCUUUGCACCACCGCGUGAAUACUCCGGGCGUAAGAGCCUUGACGCGACGCAGCUUGGGAGCUCGUGUACCCAGACAGUUUCUGCAUUCGGAGCCCAGCAGAGCAUUUCCGAAGACUGUCUGUAUCUCAAUGUGUUCACCCCUGUCGUGCCCAACCGCCCCGGCACUGUGCGGCGGCCUGUCGCCGUCUACUUCUACGGCGGUGCCUUCACCUCUGGCACUGCGUCCAUGAUUGACUACGAUGGCGGCAACUUUGCAAGCCGGAACGACGUCGUUGUUGUGACGGUCAACUAUCGCGUUGGUGCCCUGGGGCUGCUCUCCACUGGGAAUCUCACCACCGGCAGCUACGGCAUCAUGGACCAGAUUGAGGCCCUCAAAUGGGUCAACCGCAACAUCGCAGCGUUCGGCGGUGAUCCUGCCCAUGUCACCAUCUUCGGCCAGUCUGCUGGUGGCCAGAGCGUCGUCGCCGUGCUCUCGUCGACUGCCGCGCGCGGCCUCUUCUCUGGCGCUCUCGUCCAGUCUGCGCCAGUCGACCUCCCCUGGCACACGCGCGAAGUAUACAAGGAGCUCAUCACGCCGCAUAUCGCUGAAGCUGUUGGAUGCGACGACACCACCGGCGAGUCCUCGCUGGUAUCUUGCCUCCGCUCCGUCCCAGCAACCAAGUUCCUCAGUAAUUCCAGUGCCUUUUCACAAGCAUUGGACGCAAUUGCAGACGACGUAUCCUCCAACUGGCUGCACGUCUCGUCGCUCCUGGCCUCCAUCGAGCCCUUCAUGCCCGUCGUUGACGCGUCUGGCACCGGCGUGAUAGACGACCAAUUCCACACUCUGCUCGCCACAAACCGCCUCCCCAACCGCGUCCCAACAAUGUUCACCACCGUCUCCGAUGAAUCAUCCCUCUACGUCAACAGGCUAAUCGACAACCUGGGCUCCUCGCAGACAUUCCUCAACUUCCUCUUCGAAUUCGCAUACCCCCCGGGCCUUGCCAACGCCCUGGUCACCUCCUCCACCUUCCAAACAAACGACACCCAAGACGACUCCGUCCGCAUCCUCGGCGCCGAAGCCCUAACAGCCAGCGAAUGGACCUGCCCACUCUCCCACCUCCUCCGCAACGGCGGCACCACAAGCCUCCCCACGCUCUACAACGUCGAAAUCACCGACGGCCACGCCCAGAGUAACGACUCUGCCAGCGUGCCCGACAUCUGCUUCCCAAACCCCAACUACAACGCCACCUGCCACGCCAGCGACGUCCUCCCGGCCUGGGGAACGCUGAACAGCAAGACCCUCAAUGUGCAGCCCUACCACGGCGUGCGUGACCUGCACCACUCGCAGUACCUGAAUGAUGUCUUUGGGGCGUUUUUCCGGACCUACGACCCCAAUCCGGACGUGGAGAUGUUGAAGCUGCGUGGGCCGGCUUAUGCCGCUACGUAUCGCAUUUUUGGCGAGCGGGGGUACCGUAUUGAGAGGUAUGAUAAUGAGACAGAUACGCUGGCGUCGCUGGGGAUGCCGCCGUCUAGGGCGAAGAAUCCGGGUGUUACGGAGAGGUGUGCGGUGUUUGAGGAGUAUGGGUUUACGUUUGAGAAUACGAAGCUUACUUAG